UCCCCCUCCUCUCCUCGGGACUCCUCUCCUGGCUCCUCGGUGGUGAUGAGCACCUCCUCCUCCUCAGUGCAGCCUGCAGCCAUGCACCCUCGCUCCGGCCGCUGCAGCAGCCUCCUCCUGCUCCUCCUGCUGCUCCUCCUGGCCGGGCUCUUCUGCUGCUCCUCCCGGGCGGAGAUGGUGUUCCGGUGCCCGGGCUGCACCGCGGAGCGCCAGGCUCUGUGCCCGGAGACCACCGGGACCUGCACGGAGAUCGUGCGGGAGCCGGGCUGCGGGUGCUGCCCGGUGUGCGCCCGGCAGGAGGCCGAGCCGUGCGGCGUGUACACCCCGCGGUGCGCCACCGGGCUGCGGUGCUACCCGAGCCCGGACUCCGAGCUGCCGCUGGAGCAGCUGGUGCAGGGCGAGGGCCAGUGCCGGAGGAAGGUGGAGCCGGAGACCAGCACCCAGGGCCAGGAGCCCCCCCGGGACAACCGGGACCCCCCCCGGGAGCCCAGCAGCGGUGAGGCCGUGGAGCCGCUGCCCGAGCAGGGCGUCAGCGAGCUGCCCCCCCCCAGGAAGCCCACCAAGGAGGCCACGUGGCUCGGGCCCAAGGAGAGCGCCGUGCGGCAGCACCGGCAGGAGAUGAAGACCAAGAUGAAGACCAACAAGGUGGAGGAGGUGAAGCCGGCUCGGCCCAAACAGACCCAGUGUCAGCAGGAGCUGGACCAGGUCCUGGAGCGGAUCUCUAAGAUGCCCUUCAGAGAUAACCGAGGGCCGCUGGAGGACCUGUACGCCAUGCACAUCCCCAACUGUGACAAGAGGGGGCAGUAUAACCUCAAACAGUGCAAGAUGUCCCUGCACGGCCAGCGGGGGGAGUGCUGGUGCGUGAACCCUCACACCGGCCGGCCCAUCCCCUCCUCCCCCACCGUGAGGGGAGACCCCAACUGCAGCCAGUACCACCGGGACCCGGAGCUGGAGCUGCCCGACUCGGCCCAGAUAUAGAACCUCAGAAAACACCCGAGGAACCCGGGGAACGGAGAAGGUCGGAGUAAGCUACGAGUUUCCUGUGUGCGUUUCCACAGGGACUUCUGAAACAGGAUUAGAAUCUGUCAGAUUAAUCUAGAGACGAGGCUCCUCCUCCUCCUCCUCCUCCUCCUCCUCCUCCUCCUCCUCCUCCUCCUCCUAGAUCUCGGGCCGGAGCGUCUUUGCUUUACUAACAGUGGCUGAGCUCAGAUUGUGUGUUUUGUACCGUGUGUGUGUUGACAGACUCGACUUGUGUCUUCGUGUCCUGACCUGCAGCCGACGCCUCGUGUUAAACUCCUCCCACUUCACCUUUAAACUGACAUGUUGGUGCUGGGGGGGGCGGAGACAACCUUAGACUGCCUAGUGAUUAACAGAGUUUCAAACAUGUGUAGGAUUGUCAUAGACUCAGUUUGUGUGUUUUUAUCUGAAGUUGUGCUGCUGCACUUUUCAAUAAAGAAAACUAAUAACUUUA